AUGUCCUUGCCAACCUCCUUUGUUCAAGACUCAGAAGAGUUUGAAACGGCCUGGAAACACCUCCAAGCACAGGCUAGCUGUCCCAUCUGUCUGGAGUACUUUAAAAACCCAGUGACCAUCAACUGUGGCCAUAACUUCUGUCUCCCCUGCAUCAAAUUGUUCUGGAGCAAUCUACAGGAUAGUUUCCCGUGCCCAUCCUGCCACUUUCUCUGUCCAGAAAGGAAAUUCUCCAGCAAUCCCCAGCUGGGUAAUUUAGCUGAAAUUGCUAUGCUACUCCCCAUAAGAAGAAGCAAAAGGAAAAGGCCAGAAGAGAAGUUUAUGUGUAAGAAGCACAAACAGCCCCUGGUAUCUUUCUGUCAGAAGGACCUAGAAGUUUUAUGUCGGCAUUGCGGUUCCUCCCCUGAUCAUCAGCAUCACUAUAUUUGGCCCAUACAGAAGGCUGCUGUCUGUCACAGGAAACAGCUAGAACAUUACACUGAGCUAUGGAAAGAAAGAGUGGAACGAAUUGAAAAAGUGAUACCUAUGCAAGCUAGGAAAGCACAGGAGCUGAAGAAAAAGGUAGAACGUAAGAAAGAAGAAAUAAAAUCUGAAUUUGAACAACUUAUAUCAUUUCUCCAGAGUGAGCAAGAGACUGUUCUUAGGCAGUUACAGGAUGAAGAGAUGGUUAUUUUAGCAAAACUAAAUGAAAACCUUACAAAAUUUGCAGAUCAUGCCUCCUCAUUAAGAUAUCUGUUGAAGGAGCUAGAAAGCAAAUAUGUAACUUCAGAACUGGAAUUACUGGCAAAUGUUAAGAGUAUCUACCAUAGAUAUAAAAACUUAAAAUGCCCUGAAAUGUUUCCAUUCACACUCAAAGAUUAUGGUUACCGGAUUCCUCCACAGUAUUCUGGCCUACACAGAAUCAUCAAACGAUUUCAGGUAGGUGUAACUCUAGAUCCCGAAACAGCACAUCGUAAACUUACUAUCUCAGAAGAAGGAAAAGCUGUGCGCUAUGGAACUAUGCAGAAAUUACCUCAUAACCCAAGGAGAUUUUAUCUCUGCCCAGCUGUUCUGGGUUCUGAGGGGUACAAUUCUGGAAGACAGUACUGGGAGGUGGAGGUGGAAGACAAGCCCGAAUGGAUCGUGGGUAUCUGUAGAGACUCUCUCCCCAGACGGAAAAAGAGCCAGAAACAACAAUUUUUAGUACAGGAUGGAUUAUGGGGAAUAGGGCGAUGCAGUCAGAGCAGUUAUAUUGCAUUGGGUCCUAAGAAAAUUAAUCUUUUGCCAAGAGAAACACCUAGUAAGAUUGGUGUUUUUUUAGACUAUGAAAUGAGUGAGGUUUCCUUUUAUAAUUUGAGUGAUAGAUCUCUUCUCUAUACUUUUAAUGAUUAUUUUAAAGAAGCACUUUUCCCUUAUUUCUAUACUGGAACUGACUCAAAACCUCUUAAAAUCUGCACAGCAACAAAUUUGGACUGA